UGUAUUUUGUUUAUCAGUGUACUAAAAUAGGUUGCUUUCCUUUAAUUUAUCUCUUGACUCUUGCAUAGCAAUACCGAGCCAAAAUUCUAUUAUCAUUAUCAAUUAAUUGUCACUCAAUCAGGGUUCGAGUGUUGAGUUAUUAGUUUUUUCCCCAUAAAUACUAAGUGGCCUAAAAUGGUUCAGAAGCACCACGUAGCCGGAUACGAUAAUUUUGUGAGUUUCAUGAAAAACUUUAACAGUAAUGGCCAGCCGGUAAAUAUUCUUUUCUCUGGCGCGAAGCUAGACAAUGGUGUCAGCUGGUGUGGAGAUUGCGUUGAAGCUGCCCCAUUCAUUGAAACAGCAUUAGAAUCAGCUCCGGCUGAAUCACAUUUCAUCCACGUAGAUGUGGGAGAUAGACCAACGUGGAAGGACAUGAACAAUGCUUUCCGCAAGGAUAGCGAUACACAUCUGAGCGUUAUUCCGACGUUGAUCCGUUGGAAAAACCCUCAACGAUUGGAGGGCGAACAGUGCUGCAAAGCGGAUCUUUUGGAGAUGUUUUUCACCGACGAUGAAUGAGAAUUAAUAUGAAAUAUAUUCCAACAAAAUAAUUCUACUACAAUUUUCCAUUCUUUUUUCUUUUUAUAAAAAAGCGGCAAUAAAUUAUGUACUUCCUGA